AUGGCCAAAUCAAUAAUUCACGAAACAAUGAUCUUCCGAGGUAAAACCCAGUCAAGGGAGCUGGCCAUGAUCGCCGUCAGGGAAUGUAACCGUGGCAUCACUGAAACCGAAGCAGUCAGAGCUUGGAAGAAUGGGCUACGCAGUGCCACUGCCACAGCGGGUCGUAAGGUCGCAAGGAAGGCUGGAGAAGGCAUCCAUGGCAAAGCCAAAGGCCAGUCGGAGGGCGCGCCUGCUCGUGCGAGGCCGCUGUACCUUGGCUGUACCGUUCAGAUCUCCUUCAACUCGCUUCAAGUUAUGUCUAGGCCUUGCCAAAGGUGUACUCUCUUCCACUACUCCGAGUCUUCUUCUCCCUUAUGCCUAUUGGCUUUGCCAAAGGUGUACAUUCUUCCAUUACUCCGAGUCUCCUUCUCCCUUAUGCCUUUUGGCUUUGCCAAAGGUCGCCCGGGGGCAGCGCGGCUAGGGCAACAAGGCUGCGUACUCUCAGUGAACAGCUCCAUCGUCAUCGGUGUAUCAGCGGCCGCCACCAGAUCAGUUAUUCAUCAUCGCCAGCGACAGCGACAGGCACUUCCUUCGACAAUCAACUAUCCCCACCAACAACGCGCUUUUCCUCCCUCAACCCCCAUGAACAACUCCGCCGAGUAUCGUGGUUUGACGCACCGCGGAACGUGGCCUUGGAAACUCCGACCAACGAUUCAGGGGACUCAACGGCCCUGUUCGCAGCCCUUCAUGUCCCCGGUCGAUAAUCAUCACGUCGCCAUCGCCCAUCCAAGGUAG